GAGGCGGCAAUGUUAGCCCGUUGGCAUGGAAACCGCACGAGGUCCCAACGCCACUCGGGUAGUCAUGGCAACCGAACUCGUGGGCCGGUAGUCGUGGCAACAGACUUCAACGUGAGGACUCCGUGGCUAUCUGAGAAGGGGACGAGUUGUUGGCAUUGAGACUGGGGGUUCUACGUUUUGGCGUUGAACAUGAGCGAACAACUCAAAUUCGUGAUACAGGAGCUAAACAAGGCGCCGUUCAACAAGAAGUUUAACCUAAUUAGUUUCGAUGCACUCAGGCCAGAUCAACUUCUGCAGAUUCUCAGCGAUGUGUUCGCCGAGCUGGAUCCCAAGAUGCAAGCCGACGUACGCAACGAAGAUCCUGAACAACUGGCUAUGAAGACCUUAAACUUUCUAAGAAUACUCAAGUACAAACCACCGGAAAACAUUCCCUUGACCACCUUCCGUCAAGGACUUGUAUCAGGAGACAAGGCGGCUCUGCACCCGAUCCUAGAAUGGGCCUUGGGACGAAUGCCUGAGCUGCGAAAACGGGCCUACUUGGCUCGUUUUCUUGUCAGGGUUGAGCUCCACCCUGAACUGGAAGGAGACGCUGACCUUGUCGCUCUUUAUUCUCAGUAUGAGGCCUUGAUGGAACAAUUCAAGGAGGUGCACAAGAUAAGCGAGGCUCUCAAGGGAAGCGGCUUCAAUACGCAGGAGGUUCGCAAGGACAUCGGACACAUGGAAGAAGAGAAGGAGCAGCUUCUCAAGAAGAUUGCCCGACUGCGGCGAAGGGUUGACGUUCACAGCAACAAGGAUGCCAUGUUAGAGCUCGCCAGAAACCUCCGCGAAGAGCAGGACAAAGCAGACACCCUUUCCCAACAAAGAAUGAAUCAACAAGAUGCGCUGAACCACUGCGAGCAAAAGAUCCAGAGACUGACGCAACAGCUCAGGGACCUCCGACAGUCGGGACUCGGGGCGACCCCAGAAGGUCUUCUGCAAAGGUUGGAGGAAGAACUGCGCGCGAACGGAUAUCUUGUACGAGACAAGCUUCCCAAGGAGAUAGCGGCAUGUCAAGACGCCAUCCGGGACUUGCAGAAGGUGGCCACUGAACCGGCCAUGGGGCAAAGCGACAUCGACAAGAUUAAGGCCAAGAUACACACAGAAAAUGCCGAGAUAAACGCCCUCUACGAACAAAAAAUGCGAAGCCAGGAGACCACCGACGACAAGCUGACACUCUUUAGACAACAGGCUGCUGUGAUAGCAAGAAAAAAAGAGGCCGCAGGAGAAACUCUGAAUGAACUCCGGGUUCAACUCAACCAGCUGGAGUCGGAGCUGAAAGAGAAGCAGAGCCAGAUUUCCGCAGAAGGAGGCGAGGAAGUUCUUAAGGGAGAGGACUUCAAGAAGUAUGUGGGUACUCUUCGCGGCAAGAGCACCACGUACAAAGAAAAAAGACAGGAACUUGCAGAACUCAGGGCCGAAACAGGAGUGCUCGCCAGAACAGCGGAAAUUCUCCAGCAGAAGCAAAGAGAACUCACCAGGGAAUUGGAAGUUCUAGAAGAUCAAAAAGGUGUCCGUGGUUACCAUGCACUACACGGUGCGCUUCAAAGUGCGUCUGGCCAGAAGGCCAGUCUGGAUGACCGCAAGAACGCCACCUUGGAAGAUAUGGCCGCAAUGGUGACCAGCCUCAACAGCCGAAUCACGGAUAAGAAAGGUCGCCUUGCUCCCAUCAUUAAGGAUCUGAGACCGCUGCGAAAGAGCUGUCAGGACUUGACCAUAGAAUAUGAAAAAAAGAAAUCCACCUACGAUUCUUGCGCCGCAGGCUUGGAAAGCAACCUUUCCAGACUGGAGCAGGAAGUGACAUCACUACGCAACGAACUCAACGCCCAGGAAUCCAAGUCUCACUUUCUACAACUGAGCCUCCAAAUCCACGAAGCACAACUCAAGUUCCUCGAGGCAAACGGAGCUCUAGAGCCGGGUAUUUUACAGGCUGAUGGGAGCGCCAAGAAGUUAUCUCUCAGAGAUCGUCUGAACCAGGAGAUCUCGGAGCAGGAAAAAGAGGGCAAGGCGCUCCGCGAGCGUCAGAAGCAAGUUCGCGAGGGCCAAGACGCACUCCGCAACCAGGCGCUCAUGUGGAAGCAUCUAGAGCGUCUGCUCCGGUCCAAGACAUCAUCUGGAGCGCAGAGGGAGGACGGCCAGCUCCAGGAACAGGCCUCUGGAGACAUGCUUGUACUCUGAAGACUGCAUUACUCUCCAAGCGCCAAGCAGAGGUUCCCAAGCACGGUGUUGAUACGAUUCGAAUAUCGGAAUUACAAAUAGAGUUUCCCGUCUUCA